UGACGUGUGCCCCGAGCAGCACACCAAUCAGGGCGGCGCUUGCUCGUGCAGCGGCGUUGUCCUAUGGCAGGUGGCGUUGGUGCUGUGCUGCAGCUUGUCAGGAAGAAGAGCUGGAGGGGAGACAUGACCGGGGCUCCGGGAGAGGAGGAGGAGUGAGCCGAACCGAGCGGGGGCGGCUGUGGCGGAGGAGCUCAUGUCAUUAAAGCAGAUGCUGUGUACUUCCAGAAUGGCUAACCCGUUAUAUUGAAAGAGAUCCAAGGAUCCCAUAGAAAGACAGCAAAUGCAUUCCAGGCAUGAAGCCCACCACCUGCCACUGCUCUCUCUAAAAAACUGAUUUCCUUGCAAUUCAGUGAGAGAGCAGUGGACUUGGUAAGAAGAUGCUGGGAUCUGAACGUGGAGUAGUGGAAGAAUGGCUGUCGGAAUACAAGGUAUUACCUGAAACUCAGCUCACCGCUUAUGCUGCAACUCUUCAUCGUAAGAAAUCUCUAGUCUCUGCUCUGUAUAAAGUCAUUCAAGACCCAAAUAAUGAGCUUCUGGAACCAAUCUGCCACCAGCUUUUUGAGCUCUAUCGCAGCUCAGAAGUGCGCCUGAAGAGGUUUACCAUGCAAUUCUUGCCGGAGUUGGUUUCCAUCUACCUGCGCCUCACUGCCAGCCGCGAUCGGCAGAGCAAUGGCUGUAUUGAAGCUCUUUUGUUGGGAAUUUACAAUCUGGAAAUUGCUGACAAAGAUGGAAACAAUAAAGUACUGUCAUUUACUAUACCAUCAUUAUCAAAGCCUUCAAUAUAUCAUGAGCCAUCAUCAUUAGGGUCUAUGGCUUUGACUGAGGGAGCUUUGAGUCAGCAUGAUCUCAUCAGGGUUGUUUACAGUGAUCUGCACCCCCAGAGGGAAACCUUUACAGCACAAAACAGGUUUGAAGUGCUGAGCUUUCUCAUGUUGUGCUACAACUCUGCUAUUGUCUACAUGCCUCCUUCCUCCUACCAGUCACUAUGUAGAAUGGGUUCUAGAUUGUGCGUUAGUGGCUUUCCUCGGCAGCAUGAGAAGCGCUGGAAAGAGUUGUGUGGUCGUGUUGUGCUUGAUUCUGAUUUCAUGGUCCAACUGCUCACUGGUGUCUAUCAUGCUAUAUACAAUGGAGAAUGGGAGCUUGGACAGGAGGUUCUUGAUGACAUCAUCUAUCGAGCCCAGCUGGAGCUCUACUCUCAGCCACUAUUGGUUGCAAAUGCUAUGAAGAAUUCCUUGCCGUUUGAUGCUCCUGACUCAUCACAACAAGGGCAGAAAGUAUUGAAGGUUGAAGUGACUCCAACAGUCCCCCGUAUCUCUCGAACUGCCAUCACCACUGCCUCUAUACGUAGACAUCGGUGGAGGAGAGAAGAUGGUUUUGACCUCACAAGCGACUCGAAUCCGGGCUCCCCGAUCUUACACAUCAUUCCAAGCCUAGGGGACACUCGUGAGGGGGAUGUUCUUGUGUACCUGACACCCGACACAUCUCCAGAUGCUGCUACUGAGGGACCUGAAGGCACCUUUACUGGAGAGGACUCCAUUAAUGUUAAUGAUGCAGAUGAAGGAUUUUCAUCAGGGGCCUCCGUUAGUAGCCAGCCAGUUGGAGCCAAACCAACUUCAUCUUCAUCUCAAAGAAGCGGUUCAAGAAAAGGUGGCAGUGUGCGAUCAGUCAAAGAGAGAGAACAACCUAGUCCAUCCAAGCCUAAUGAAAGUCGGGAGAGCACACCUAGAAAACAGCCUGUUCCCACAGCUGCAGAAACUUCACUUGAAGCGAUUGAGCUAUCACCUAUGAAAAAGCACCUGAGCCUUCCAGCAGGCCACGUGGUGCCAAAAGCAAAUAGUCUUAGCCUGAUCCGAACCUCCAGCACUUCAUCCAGUAAAUCUUUCGACUAUGUUAAUGGGAGUCAGGCUGGUGGAAGUGGUGGGAUAGAUGGAGUGACAAACCUUUCCACUUGCAACACCAACCGCUUUUCAACAAUAAGCUUACAAGAGGACCGAUUAGGCCAAGCAGGAGAGGGCAAGGACCUAUUAUCUGCUGGUGCCCCCUUGACCAAACAAUCUCGAUCCCCAAGUUUCAAUAUGCAGUUAAUCUCCCAAGUGUAGAUUCCCCUGCUGUCUUUUAGAAACUGUGCAACUCUGCAUAGGAAGAGCAAGUUCUGUUAUUUAGUUCCAAAUCCUAUUGAUUUCUCUCAUAGAAUUGUGUUCAUGCAAAGCUAGAGCAAUACAAAUUACUGUCCCCAAAUUCCUGAUCCCUAUUCUACAUACAUGCAGUUUUCUUGUCCAAAACCCCCACCUGUUUCUUCCCUUAUCUGGGUGAAGUGCAAUUUAGAAAAAAAUCCCAUUUCAUCACUGUGAGUCUGCAAUGGAUUUUUGCCAGAAAGAUGGUCAACUUCAAGAAAGUGUUGGGAAUGUGCUUGUAGCUUGCACUCAAGUUACACAAUGUCUUCAUCAACCACAUUUCCACGUUGCCUACUUUAGGUGUCAUUGGAUCUUUGAGUUUGUGAAACUAGUUUCAAUAUCUGAGGUUACAUCUAUCUGUUUACUGUGACUUUGGACAAUCCCAUUUACUGCUUAUUUCUGGUAAACUUUGGCAAUCAUGUACUUCAAUAGAUGACAAUUAUCAUCUGUUGACACAAUUUUGAUUUUGGUUUGCUUCAUUUUUCAUUUCCCAAAAUAUGCGUCUUCCCUCCCUAUGUGGGGUUUGUCUGACCUAAGGAUUUAAACUUGGACAAAAAAAAACCUAAAUGAAAACCAGAUUGUCUUUUUAGGAUCUUCACUUUACCUACUGGCCAAUGCUUGCAGUUGGAUGUCAAGUUCAAUGUCGGGUAAAAGGAGGGACUCUAUAGGCUGUCUUUCGAUUUGCAAUCAGCCAAAGUGCCCUCUCAGCUGCUCCCCUAAAUUCCCUUUUCCCAGUAUCUAUUUAGAUCUCAAACCCACUCACAAUGUUUGUUCCAAUCCAGCUAGGCCAGUUAUGAGAACACAUCAGGGAGUGUCAUACAGCCUGCUGGAAUUGCUGUUGUACAAAAUGAUAUUGUGUUCUCUGUUCUUUUGGUAAGCCUCUUGACCACACUGCCAUUGGUAUUGAUCAUUUGUUUUGUAAGUUGUGAUAACAUCCCUAGACUUACAUGAUUCUGGAAGGGUGGGGAUAGUGGGUGUGCUGAUUAGUGCUGUGUGACUCCCACAAUCGCCAACAAACCCACUAAAGAAAGAUUAAAUGUUUUAGCUUUCCUUCUGCUAAUCUAGCUGUAAAUGUAUUGGGUUGUUUAAUGGCAGCAUUUGGAAACUAGUUACAUUAUCCAUAAGAGUACUGUGUGGUUGAAGAUGUUAUUUUUCUGUCCAGUAGCUCGUUUAUUUGGAGCAGUACUAGCCUGCUAGUGUUCCUUGGCUUUUAGAUGUUUACACUGUUACUGUCUAGAUGACAAACUACAACCUUCUGUCAUUUGUUUUGGGCAACUAAGUUAUUUUUAGCUGCAGAUGCUAACAACCAAGACUUGACAUUGUAUUGCGUACUAGCUAUUCGUUCUCAUAAGGCCUGUCUUCUUGCCCUAUAAAAAUAGCUGGUUACUGGUGCGCACAGAUGUGCUGUGUCAUGCUGUGUGCUUGCUGUAAAGUGACAUACUUUUGUGUUUUGACGUAUGCUAAGAGAGAUUCUAAUGUCUUCUUCAUGCUGGAUAACUCAGAAUAGCAACAGCCUAACUUGCAGCUCUCAAUCAAAUGAAGCUUGGAAAAAGUAGCUGCUAACUGGCACCCCUAAAAAGUUCACAAGGGACCAGUAUACUGUAUUAACAAGUGGAUGUAAUGCUGGCUGUAAGUCCUGUCUACUGGGCUGCUGCUAUGGACGUGGCAAUAAUAAUAUAAACAAUUAUAUUGUGUAUAUGCAGACUUAUUUCUUAAGCUGAAGACAACUGAUGCAAGGUUUGGCUCAGCGUCAAGGUCAGUGUUGAUUUGGCUGAGCUGAUGAAGCAGUAGAUCCAUAUGUUACUUUCCUUCUAUUGUAAAAUCUGUUCUGACAUUUUCUAGAAUAGGGCAGAGUUAAUGUUAUACAUGCAGUGAGAGUCUUAGUAAGGUUUACUAGGCUGCAUUGAUCAGGCUUCUUUAACCCGUAAAUGAACAAUGUGAGUAGAAAACCUUCAGAAUUAAUGUUACUUAUCAUAGUAUAGUAAUGUAAAAUUUAAAUAGUUGUUCUAAAUAAAACUGGCCAUAUACUGUAUGAAUAUUGACCUUUUCCUACUGGCUGAAAUUUGAUCAGUGGGAUAGCCCUGUUGGCGCCACUCUGCCCAACAUCCUUCAAAUGAAAAACUAAAGGAGCCAGGCAGAAAAUUGGCAGUUAAAGGGCAACUACAUCCAAUCAGAUGCACACUUCUAUUAAGUAUUCUGACAGCCCAUGGUGGUCACAGUCUGCAUUCAAUAGCCACAACGGUAGAUUCGUCCAUUUGUGCUAUUUAGUAGCUUAUUUAGUUUACAGUACAGCUUACAAAAUAUAAUUAUUUAAUAUUUACAACUAAAAGACCUUCCUAAGAGCAAAUAUCACAAGGCGCUUACUAUGUGAGCCCUUAGCAUACCAGAAAAGCUUCUAAUGCACCACUCUCCUAAAAGGAACUUCACCCCUUUAACUUUUUGCCACUACACAAUUCACAUACUCAACCGGCUAGUGAAUCCAGACCCCUGAUGAUGCACUGACUGGCUGACCUACUUCCAGCCACAUGAAUGCAACAUGGAGCAUUCUGGGGUAUGUGACAUGCAUGUCCGAAGAGGCUUCAGGGUGCUGGAGAUUUUCACCUAGGCACGCAUAUCGUUUGGGAGACUGGGCACACAAAAAGGAAAUAUAAUUGCCAUUUUAGAUUGGGCAAGGGGGAGAGCAGUGAUGUUCUAGUGCAUUUUGUGGGUGAAGGUUUGCUUUAGGCCCCUUGCACAUGGGCACUUUAUGCUUUUUGAUCAGCAGUGGAUCUGUCCGCCGAUCAGAGUAGAGCAGGUGAAUGGCAGGUCUGUGUCUGCUUCGUUUAUGCAGAGCGGAUACGGACAGAGCCCACUCUGCUGUUUGGGCAGCUGGGUGUAAACAGACUCUGCUGUCUGUCUUCUCCUGACUACUCUCUCCGAUCCACCUACAUGAAGGAGAACAGAUCCAUAGGGUUAGUGGUGAGGUAUCCGAUCCGGUCACCUGAUCAGGCAGAUCUGAGGGGAGCGGUCAUGUAAAAGGGGCCUUAAGCUUCACCAUAUAUGUUACAAUCUGACAGUAUAUUCUUUGUACAAUCAUUUUAAUUUAUUAAAACUGUGUAGCAUGAGGACCUACCAAAAGUAUAAUUUCAAGUUGUAUCCAAUCAAGCAGGCCCUUUAACUACCUAGUUUUUGGUACAACUAAAGAAGAUUGUGUAUUCAUAUUAUAAUGGGUGUAGCUUAAUGUGGAAGUAUAGGCUAAUAUGUCUGCUUCUGCUUAAAAUGUUGAAUUGGCUGCUAGCACACAGGAAAGGACCAAAAACAGAUAUGCAGCAUUUUUUCUCCACAGUGCACUACAAUUUGUGUUACUGUGCAUUGUUGUGUAAGUGCCUAAGAGCUGUGUUGCUUCAUUACAUUGGGGUGCCUUUCAAAAUAAAUGGCACCAGAAUGCACUAACACACACAAUGGCUGUAAGGUAACACAGCGCACAAGUUACAAUCUGACUUGCUACUAUACAACCUCUGUACUGUCUCCUAAAUAUGAGUAUCUAAAAUAUUCAAUCACUUUGUAUCCAGCAAGGCAACCCUUAAACCAACAUAGUUGUUGGUAGAUUUUAAGGUAAUUGUAGCUCUAAAUUAGAGUGUUGGGAACAGUUGCUGCUCUUCAACCACCUGACUUCCCGCAUUGCACACUGAUAAGAUCGGAGACAGUGGCCGUCAGACUUUAGGUGGCCUAUGACCCUCCUAUUAACCAACAAUAAUGGCCGCAGUUACUCUAUUUCUUUCCCAACACUUGGUAAUACAGAAAUGAUUCAGGCAGCAUUCUUACAGAUACUGUGCUAAGAUGGCUCCAUAUCUGUAUAUAAGUGACUGGUAUAUUUUAAAGUCUUACUAUACAGUAAAACCAUAACAUAUUAGGAUUAAAAGUUCCUAUCUGUACCAAAACUAAGAUAACAGAAAUUUAUAAAACUUUGCUGUGUGGCUUAUUGCUUGUUUUAAGCUGACAUUUGAGGCCAAAAAAAGAUGCACCAAAAUUACAUCUGAUAGUGUACUUCAGGAAAGUUAAAGGGUUGUAAAGGAAACUUAAAAAAAACACAAACCUCUCUAUACAUAACUUCUCUGUGUGAUGGAAUUGCACAGAGCGGCCCUGAACCUUAUCUUCUCAGGUCCCCCCGCUGGCACUCUAGGCUUCUCCUCUCUGUUAAGUGCCCCCAAGGGAAGCCGCUUCCCAAGGGGGCACUCGUGUGCACUCGGCCCCCGCCCCCUCGUCACUUGCUUUAAUUGACAACACUGGAAGCCAGUGGCUUUCGCUGCCUCAGCAAAGGCUGUGAGACACAGAAGCGAGGGGAGAGAAGAGCUGCAGGACUGCACAGUGCUGGUUUGAAUGAGGGCUUAGGUUAGUAAAAAGGGGGGAGAGGGGCCAAAACUGAUGCAUAAACAAGGAAUGCAUUAAGGUAAUAAAUAUUUAGACUUGAGAACCAUUUUAAAGGACAGCAAAUCAGUUGUGCAUUGGAUGAUAUCACUCCCUGCUUUGCCAUGGCGACAUAAAAUAUUUUACCUUUGAAAACCUCCAGAAACGUAUGCACAAUAUUCAUUAUUUGUUAUUAAAAUCAUAUUUAUACAAAUCCA